AUGGGAACGGGAGCAUCCAUGCUCCCAUGGCUGCUGCUGCUGCUGCUGGUGAUGUCCCACUCAGCCCACGCAGCCAUCCUGGAGGUGAAUGGAAACCUGAGCUGUAGAUGUGCCAAGACAACCUCAGUCUUCAUCAGCCCCAGGAAAUACGAAAGCAUUGAGCUGAGGCCUGUGGGCAGCACCUGCAGGCGCACAGAGAUCAUAAUCAAAUUAAGAUCCUCAGACAAGGUGUGUGUGAAUCCUGAAGCCCCUUGGGUAAAGAGGCUGCUGAAGCAUAUUGCGAGCACGUAA